CUUAUAUAAAAACCUUAAAUAAAAAGCACCUGCCUAUUAGGUGUCUUACUAAAAGAUGAAUAUCAGUCUAUAAGCUUGCCAUCUUUAGUUGGAUUUGUAAUCAUACAGUACUGUUGGUGUUGCUCUUGUUAUGUCAUUUCAGAUGAGUGUGGAAGUGGAAAGAAAAUUUGUGUGCAAUGCCGACACUCUGAAAACACUGGAGAAGAUCGGGGUGUGUCUUGGUCAGCGUCAGUUUUGUGACCAGUACUUUGACACGCCCACGUUCAAGCUGACUUUGAGAGACAUGUGGCUGCGUAAACGUAAAGAAUGCUGGGAGCUUAAGUGCCCAACCGCAUUCAACGAGGCAAAAGAGACGUCUGAAGAACAAUCUAAAGCGGCAGCAUUGUGCUCCCGCUACAAGGAGAUAACCAAUCUACCUGAAAUUCAAAUAAGAGUGAAAGAGGUUCUAAAAGAUGUUCGUGAGGACCGAGAGACAGAGACGAGCCGCUCGCAGGAGGAUGAGGCCUGGCUGAGCACAAUGAAUCUGGUGUGCUUUGCGGAGUUUACAACAAUGCGGAGGUCAUUCACUUUAGAGGAGGAGGGGGUGCAGAUAGAUCUUGACCAAGCUGACUUUGGAUUCAGUGUGGGAGAGAUAGAGGUCCUACUUCCAGAGGGAGGAGAUGUGCAGUCUGCCUUAGAGAAGAUCAAAAGAACGGCUGAAAUGCUGGGUCUAACUGGAGAUCAGCGAGUUGAAGGGAAAAUGAGUGUUUACCUUAAAAGAAAUUACCCAGAGCACUAUGCAAAGCUACUGAGCAAACAUGUUCUGUAGGACAUAUCAUGCACGGUUGGAAACACUUAUAGAUUUUAAGAUACAUAGUCAUAUCUGUAAGAUAAGGUAUUGUUUAUCAGAAAGCCUAAUUUUGAUUAAAAUGUUUUUUUCAACUUAACGACUCACUGUAUCGGCACUGUAGAGACCCUAAUAUCUCAUAUUUCCAGAAUUAGAAACUUUAGAAAACAGCAAUAGGCCUUUGAAAUUAACAUUUGCUGUGUGAUUAUUGGCGAGGUCCUAAUACACCCCAUGCAACAGUUAUGUGUGUAUCUGGCGUGUGUGAGAGGAGGUGUGAAUACUGGAAAUAAACGGUGUGCCAUACUGUCGAUUUACCAUUACUGAUGA